GUGGGAUGUGGAAGUAAAACUGGUUACCAGCCUGGAAGGGGAGCUGUAGCCACCCGGCCUGCUGGGAUCUGGAACUAGCCGGGUGGCAUUGACAAUUCGAGAAGGUCUCUCGCUGGUUGCCUCUAGCUUUCGUUUUUUUCCACCCACCCUUUCCCUUCCUCCACUCCCUGGGUUUGGAGUGCCUGUCAGGAGGCAGCUUUCUAAGAGCAGGCCAAACGGAUGUAAGCCCUUCGGAGGUCAUGAUCUAUCCCGUAGGAAUGAUGUGAUAAGAAGGGAAGCAGAUAGCAGCUGGAUCAUGGAAAGAUGGUCCGGCACCCGGGACUGGCACCUUCUCAGGGCUCCCCACGAAGGGAAGGACCCACCGCAACCGUGCAUCCUGCUUUGCCCGCGUGAGACAUCCCGCCACGGUGCCCAUGUUAUGCUGAACAAGGCUCCAACCUAAAGCCCGGACAGCGAAAUGAAAAACCACAAGAGCCCACAUGCUGUUGUCCUUGUGGUCUUGUUUGGUCUGGUCAUGCUGCUAAUUAUUUACAACUCUAACAACCGGAAUGAGGUCUUCCAUUAUAACACCUUGAGAGCGAAACCCUCUCUGCCUUCCAGCCUCAAGAAGUGGGGGGUGAAAAAUGGAUACCUCCCCGUCUCUGGAAACAAGACUUUGGACCGCCACUGCCACCACUGCGCAAUCGUCACCAGUUCCAGCCACCUCCUCGGGAGCAAACUCGGGGCCACCAUUGACCGGUCGGAAUGCACCAUCCGCAUGAACGACGCUCCCACGACCGGCUACGCGGCGGACGUGGGUAACAAGACCACCUUCCGGGUGGUGGCCCAUUCGAGCAUCUUCCGGGUCCUGAAGAGACCGCAGGAGUUUGUCAACAAGACCCCGGAGACCGUCCUCAUCUUCUGGGGGCCGCCUGUGAGGAUGCAGAAGGUCUUGAUCAAGGUCAUCCAACGGGUCAGCGUGUCCUUCCCGAACAUGUCGGCCUUUGUGGCUUCCCCCAGCCGCAUGAAACAGUUUGACGACCUGUUCAGAAUGGAGACGGGAAAGGACAGAGUGUCCUCACGGUCGUGGCUGAGUACGGGCUGGUUUACCAUGGUGAUUGCUGUCGAGCUGUGUGACAGCGUCCACGUUUACGGGAUGGUCCCCCCGAACUACUGCACCCAGAAGCCUCAGCCUCACAAGAUGCCGUACCACUACUACGAGCCGAAGAGUCCCGACGAGUGCGCCACCUACAUCCACAACGAGCGGAGCCACAAAGGCAACCACCACCGCUUCAUCACGGAGAAACGGGUCUUUGGCAAAUGGGCCAGCCUCUACAACAUCACGUUCUCCCACCCGGACUGGGAUUAAGGCCUAAACGGGGGAGACGGCGACGAAGCCACACAAGUGCCAAUCCCGCUGGCUGGCGGGGCGGGGGAGUCGGGGCGGGGACACCUCUGUAGUGGACUUCCUUGGCCAACCGUUGGUUCAUCCGGGGCGGAGCUCUGGGUCUGUGAGGCGCCGUUUGUAAAUUUCCCACAAUCCAACACUCUGCGGAGGGCAUUGUGGGAAAUUCCCAGUGGUGGCUUCCCGCUGCCCUGAGGCUCGCCAGAGGGCGUUUUGCUGAGCGGCCCCUCAAAUCUUGGCUCGUACGCACAUCUCGGACCCCUUUCCAAGGCCCUGAAAGGCGAUUGGAGCACAAUGCAUCCCCUCUCCGCAGCACACGAAGAGCAUAAGCACACAAGACGCCCCCUGGGGGAUCUGCUGAAGCGUCCAGCAUCUCGCGCCCGCCAGUCAAAUGCUUUCUGGAAGCCCCCAAGCGGGGCAGAAAUGCAACGGGGCGCCCUCACGGGUUGCCUCCCGCCCUCUGCUCCCCUCCAGCAAUGGAGAUUCAGAAGCCACGUUGGCCGCAAGCGGAGGGAGGCAGCCUCCAGGCAGACCGUGAAUUUAUCUAACCCAACGGCAGCCCUCCUCCAGAGGUUGUUGGGCUCCAACUUCCAUCAGCCUCAGCUAAUGGUCGGGGAUAAUGGGAGUUGGUAGUCCAACAACAUCUAGAGCAGCCUUCCUCAACCUGGAGCGCUCCAGAUGUGUUGGACUGCACUUCCUGGGACAUUCUGGGAGUUGUAGUCCAACACAUCUGGAGCGCCCCAGGUUGAGGAAGGCUGAUCUAGAGGGUUCUCCACUUCUGCUUCCAAAGAACUUUUUUAAAAAGCACUGCCUCUAGCGGCAGCAUUCGAUAUUCAAAAGUGCCAACCGUCUCUUCCGUGGAAUUCCUAAAGGAUGGAUGAUCCUUCCUCUACCACAAAGCCAAAACGCUUGUGGGAGAAGUUGGGGUGCAGAAGGAAUGAUGGGGCGCCCGCAGUGCAAGCCUAUAUGUCUGCUCAAGAGUCAGCCCCAUGGAGUUCCCAGGCAGGGGCAAAUAUAGGGUUGCAGCAUUUAAAACGGUCAGCUGCUGUCCGGUCAGCGGACGCCCACUAAUGCUAGCCUGGUUCCAGCAAUCACAGCCCUACUCUUGUAGCAAAAAAACCCUACCCCCAAAUCUAAAAAUAAAUCAGUGAAAUUGUACCAGUCGGACACAUGCACUUUGAUCGCUGAGGGUCUCUCCACCCCUUUCCAAAAAGGUAUGUCACCCCUGGCAACGCAACAUCAAUCCUCCACACACACACACACCCAAAAAACCCAAAACGAAAAGCCCAUGUGAACAAACGCAGCAGCAAGAACCCAAAUCCCGUGACCCACGUGGACUGUGUUGAAGGUGCGUAAUUCAUUCUGAUCGUCCACUUUCGUCAAACGAAAGCAAAACUCAAAACACGCCGCUUCUGUUCUGAGCACAGGAUGUUCUGAAUGGAAUUCUCCGGCUGUCUCUGUGUGCAAAAGUGGGGAUUUAAGCCAACAAAGAACUCCAAACACCUCUCUGCCCACCGUCACAAGCUUUUUAAACAUUCAGCUCUUCUUCCAAAUUUGGUACUGGCCUCCUCCUUUGGAGCAAUGGUGAAUGUGACCCUCUCUUGCUUUGCAUCUCGUUUCAGGUGUCUUCUCUCUUCUUCUGAACUAUUUAAGCCAGAAUAAUUACCGCCAUGUGGUUGUCAUUUUGGCUAGGGUUGUAACAUUUAAUUGGUUAAUUAGUUUGAUUAACUGAAUUUAAAAAAUACUUUUAAUAAACUUUGAAUUGACUAAAAA